AUGCCCCCUGCUCUUCCCUGGUCUGAGCUAGCCAUCGGGCUCAAGGAGGAGGACGCUGACCUCCUCUUAGAGACGUUCAAGGCCUUCAAGAUCUCAAAAAGCGACCAAGCCCAGUGUACUGUGUGCAACGACCCCUCCCCUCAUAACAUGAGGAAGCGCAUCCUGCUCUGCGCGUGCCACCAGUGCCAGCUGGCCAUGCCGUACGCGCGCUGUCUGUGGCGGGGCAAGCGGCUUCAGUGCGGGCGACACAACGUCGUGGACGUUUUCCAAACCGGGACCUACGUAACGGCUCGCCGUCAGCCUCGUCCGCCGAGGCUUACACGAGCAAUGAAGGAUUUUGCCAAGGAGAUGGCUGACCAAGGUCUUAAGCCAGCUAGAAUCCGCAGCGGCCUGCUGCACAAGUUUGAGCUCUGUACGAGCUCUCUGCCCUCUUUAAAGGUUGUUCAGCGGUUUGUGAAUAACUACAAGUCCACACAGUUGGGCGGGAAUGACUACCUGGAUGACCUGCGCAACAUGGUGCGCGAAUCGACUUUUACGGGUCACGAACAGGAGUUCAAUGAUCAUUUUGGAGGCACCGUCAUUCUGGAGGCACCGUCAACCAGAUCGGAUCGCAAUGAUUGCACCUUGUCGAUCCAGCCAGAACCGAUACUGAAGGCAGACCUUAUCUGGGAAAAGGUUCUGAUGUGGACCCAUUUCUCGUCGGAGUCACGACCAAAGCGCUUCUCCGUAAGGCAGAUCGCGAACCAGCAACUUUUGUGUUGCACCUUGAUGCAACAUUUAAGUUAA